UGCAGCUCUCAGUGCUGUACUGAGCAUGUCCCAGCGGAGCCCAAUGCAAGCAGCACAUUAUGCAAAAAGGCAGCUCUAGCAGAUGGGAGAGAGGCACAGCAAGCAUUUGCUUCACUUGCAUCACCACCGCUUGAAAACAAACCUGGAUCGCUAGAGGGGAUCUCGCCGGCAGGCCAAAGGAAUGAAAUCCGGGAGCAUGGCUUGAUUGCUGAAGGUGUUGCACUGCGAAAAAUCAUGGGGAAUCAAGAUGGGAAGCUAAAGAAAAACACAGGUGAUGUGCAUGAAGGAGGAGAGGAUGCCUCUGGGCCCAAGGAUACAGAUGGCACAAAGAAGGUAUCGGGAAGCAGAAGGGGACUGGGGAAGCAUGCAAAAGGAAGUGAAUCCGGUAAGAAGAAGGGUAAGUCGGACUCGAGGGCCUCGGUGUUUUCAAAUCUGAGGAUCAGAAAAAAUCUGUCCAAGGCUAAAGAUGGAAAUAGUAGUUCACGGGAGGAUGUUUUGGAAAGCCAGGCCUUGCAGGCUGGAGAGCUGGACAGUACUCAUUCAAUUGUUACCAAAACUCCAGAUAUAAGCAUCUCUGCAGAUGAAGGGGGUCUCUCAGACACAGAUGUUGAACAUUUUGAAAUCAGAAAUGAAACUAUCCCAGCUGCUGUGGAGACACAGGAUGGACAAAGGACCAGCUCUGGCUCUGAUACGGAUAUAUACAGUUUCCAUUCAGCCACAGAACAAGAGGAUUUGCUUUCUGAUAUCCAGCAAGCUAUUAGACUGCAGCAGCAGCAGCAGGGGGCAAUUAACAUUGGAACUGAGGACCUUGUCACCAAAACAAUGGGCCGACACAUGGCUAAUUCGCAAGCAGCCCCCUUAGAUUUUGAACGGUUUCUUUCAGUAACUACCACUGACAAAGAGAGGAGCCCAGACACUGAGGGGGCUUUUCCAGCGUUAUCUGAAACUGCAGAAAACAUUCCUGUCUCCUGUGCAACUGAACGUGAACUGAAAGAAGUGGUAAAUGGCACAGGCUCUCCUGGUAACGGCUUAUUUGAAACACAAGAACGUAAGCUAUUGAUUGAGGAACAGGAACAGCUCGUUGCCGGAGUGGAUGCCGUAGCUAGUGAACUAGAAGAUGAUGUAAAUAGAACUGCAGUAGAAAACGGGUCUCUCUCAUACAGCUCCACACGAUGUUUUUCAACCUUGGUAGCAGAUGCUGAGACUAAAAUUGCUGAAGUGCAGGCUGUUGAUUUGCAGGACUCGGUAACAGAGGAUGAUAUUUCAGAUGCAGGCCGUGAUCAUGCUGCUGAGACUCAGGAAGGGAAACACACUCUGUCAGCCAGUCAAGUGGACCUGCAUAAUGGUUUAUCCACAGAAAUGAAAAAUGGCAUUUUGUCUUCCGAGGAGACAGCAGGCAGUCCGAUGCUCGGUUCCCGAUGCUUUAAGCCCUAUCUAAUUAAUCCUUGUUACAUCAAAACCACAACUAGACAACUGAGUUCUCCCAACCACUCACCUUCUCCCUCCCCAUCCCAGAGCCCGCUUUUUACAAGGAGGCAGGAGUCCUUCCACAAAAAAGAAAAAGUCUCAAUCAAGAAGCAGAGGUCUGCUAGUUUGGCAGGUUUAUUUAGUCGUUCAGCAGACUGGACAGAAGAAGUAUCUAAUCACAAAUGUGAGAUAACGCAGAAGGUGGGCUCUGCAGGCUACUUGGAGCACAAGGGGUUUAGAGAAAAAUUUCAAACGGAAAGAGUGCCUUUGACUCAUUCAAGAAAGUCCUCAGGGGUUCAGGCUUCUACAGAGGCAUUUCCCAAUGUCUUUUCAGGACGAACUCUGCUGGAAAAGCUCUUCAGCCAGCAGGAAAAUGCACCACAAGAAGAAGCAGAAAAACUAUGUUCUCGCAUUAUUGCAAUGGGUCUUUUGCUUCCAUUCACUGACUGCUUCAGAGAACCAUGUAAUCAGAGUGCCCAGCAAAGCACACCCACCUUUGAUCAAGACCAGCUUUAUACUUGGGCUGCAGUUAGCCAACCCACACAUUCAUCAGAUUACAUUGAAGGAAGCUUUCCAAGGAGAAUUCCAUCUGUGUGGCCCCCACCCAAACCUCCAGAUGAAGAACAAAGACUCAAAAUUACGGAAGAAGAGUUGAAAUCUGCUGUCCUAGAAACAGAGAAACAAUGCACAGAUGACGUUCAGCGGGUACAGGAUGAUUUUGAGGUGAAAUCUGAGGAGCAUGCCAGUGUCAUCCAGCAACUUGAGCAAACUAUUGAGGAUCUGAGGACCAAAAUUGCAGAACUAGAGAAACAGUUCCCUGCUCCAGAGGUACAGACUGCUGGGAGGGAGCAGGAAAAUGAGCACACGCCUGCAGUCUGCAGGGAAUUCAGCAGUGUGACUCUUCAAACAAAUGAAGAGGAGAACGUACCCAGGACUGUGUCACAUGCAAGAUCUGUACAAACGUCACCAACGGAGGAUUAUUUACCACACGCAAUGCCUUCAGCCAAUGCACUGCCACAGCCACCCCCACCACCGCACUUAGAAGGGGACAAAAGUGAAGGGCCAACUCAGAAAUUGCCAGGUCUAGAACUACAGCCCACGUUUUGUUCUGAAAUCUCCUUAAUUCUGUCGCCGAAGCUAAUCUCAGUGCCACUGGAUGCAAGCCAAUCUGUACAAAGUACGCUCCAGUCACCUCUUUCAGGACCUAAAAUUAAUUUGUCCCUUGCAUUUGAAGGAGAGACUGAAAUGCCAGCUUCCCAUCAGCCUCUAAGUACUGUAGAUGUGACUUGUAGUGAACGUGCCCCCUCUUUGCCCCCGGAGCCCACAUGUAGCAUUCCCCCAUCACUGCCAGUCACCGAACCAGCUGCUCCCCUGUCUGGAGCACAUGGCCCUUCCCUUGCCACUCCCAUGUCCAUAGCAGGUGUACCACCCCCACCACCCCUGCCCAGCUCAGGACUCCUUCCUUCUGCUGGCUCAGCAGUGCCACACCUGGACCACUCUUUGCCGGGCAUCAUGAUGCCGCCACCACCACCCCCUCCUCCUCCUCCGCCUUUACCAGGUGGGGACAUACCAAUGCUGCCUCCAGCCCCUCCUCUCCCAUGUGCUGGAGUCCCACCACCACCUCUACCACCACCUUUGCCUGCAGCAGGAGUCACAGGCCCUCUGCCAGGUUGGGGCAUCCCACCUCCUCCUCCACCACUGCCACCACCUUUACCUGGGGCUGGUGUCCCUCCCCCACCUCCUCCUCUGCCUGGCCUGGGAAUGCCACCCCCACCCCCAGCACCACCUCUGCCUGGGGCAGGACUACCACCACCUCCCCCACCUUUGCCUGGAGGGGGUAUCCCUCCUCCUCCUCCUCCUCCACCACCUCUGCCUGGUGCAGGUAUCCCUCCUCCUCCUCCUCCUCCUCCUCCUCCUCCUCCUCCUCCUCCUCCCCCACCUUUGCCUGGUGCAGGUAUUCCUCCUCCACCACCACCUCUUCCUGGUGCAGGUAUCCCUCCUCCUCCUCCUCCACCACCUCUGCCUGGUGCAGGUAUCCCUCCUCCUCCUCCUCCACCACCUCUGCCUGGUGCAGGUGUCCCCCCCCCUCCUCCUCUUCCACCACCUCUGCCUGGUACAGGUGUCCCCCCUCCACCCCCUCCUUUGCCUGGCUUGGGGAUGCCACCUCCAGCCCCACCACCUUUGCCUGGACAAGCGCCACCCCUUCCAGUGCCAGCCCAGGGCAGCACCUACCCGGCAGUCCCACAGGGCUGUGGGUUUCUUCCUCCUCUGUUACCAUCUGGUUUAUUUGCAAUGGGGAUGAAUCAGGAGAAAGGGAGCAGGAAACAUGUGAUAGAGCCUUCACGGCCAAUGAAGCCUCUUUACUGGACGAGAAUUCAACUCCACAGUAAAAGAGAUUCUAGUGCUUCACUUGUGUGGGAAAAAAUUGAAGAACCUUCCAUAGAUUAUCAUGAGUUUGAAGAACUGUUUUCUAAAACAGCUGUUAAAGAGAGGAAGAAACCCAUUUCGGACACCAUUACAAAAACAAAGACUAAACAAGUUGUCAAGUUGUUAAGUAACAAAAGAUCUCAAGCUGUUGGAAUAUUAAUGUCUAGCCUUCAUUUAGACAUGAGGGACAUUCAGCAUGCUGUUGUGAAUUUGGACAACUCUGUGGUUGACCUAGAGACCCUUCAAGCUCUGUAUGAGAAUAGAGCACAAUCAGAUGAAUUAGAAAAAAUAGAAAAGCAUAGCAAGGCAUCCAAGGAAAAAGAAAACGCCAAGUCUUUGGAUAAGCCAGAACAGUUUCUCUAUGAACUCUCAUUAAUUCCCAACUUUUCAGAACGUGUAUUUUGCAUCCUAUUCCAAUCAACGUUUUCAGAAAGCAUUUGUUCAAUCCGUCGCAAACUGGAAUUGUUACAGAAACUGUGUGAGACUUUGAAAAAUGGGUCAGGAGUUAUGCAGGUCCUGGGUUUGGUUCUUGCCUUUGGAAAUUACAUGAAUGGUGGAAACAGGACGCGAGGACAGGCUGAUGGGUUUGGACUAGAUAUCCUGCCGAAACUGAAAGAUGUCAAGAGCAGUGACAACAGCAGAAGUCUUCUGUCUUACAUUGUCUCAUACUAUUUGCGUAAUUUUGAUGAGGAUGCUGGAAAAGAACAAUGCAUCUUUCCUCUUCCAGACCCACAAGAUCUUUUCCAGGCUUCGCAAAUGAAGUUUGAAGACUUUCAAAAAGAUCUCCGCAAAAUGAAGAAAGAUUUGCGAGUAUGUGAGACAGAAGCAGCAAAAGUUUAUCAGCUAUCACUAGAAGAGCACCUCCAGCCUUUCAAAGACAGCAUGGAGCAAUUCAUUAGUCAAGCUAAAAUAGAUCAAGAAAAUGAAGAGAAGUCACUGACAGAAGCACACAAAAGCUUUUUGGAAACUGCAGCCUAUUUCUGUAUGAAACCAAAAAUGGGAGAGAAAGAGGUGUCCCCACAUUCUUUCUUCAGUAUUUGGCAUGAAUUCAGUUCUGACUUCAAAGACUUCUGGAAGAAGGAAAACAAACUUAUUCUUCAAGAAAGAGUUAAAGAAGCAGAGGAAGUCUGCAGGCAGAAAAAGGGGAAGUCGCUAUACAAUAUAAGACCAAAACAUGACUCUGGAAUUAAAGCAAAGAUAAGUAUGAAAAUCUGAGAGAAGAAAAGCAAAAGCCAUUGUUACCUGGUUACCAAAACUCAACAUGCCUGUGGGUGGGGAGCGAGGGGGAAGGAAACUACAUCAUCCUGAUCAUUUGCUUUCUUGACCUUUUUGAAUUUGCUUUUUGUUCUCUAGAGUUUUCCACCAAAUGAUGUGUUAUUGUACAUUCAUUCACGAAUGUAAUCACUUCAAUGGAGUGCCCAGCAAUAGACUAGGUAUGGACUUGAAACACCUUCCCUGUACUCCGUAUCUCCUUUGCCACUCAAAACCGGUAUUUUGUAAAGUGUAUGGUAUAUUACAAAUAGGCCAAGUCAGCAUGCAUAAAAAGCGACAUCUGCAUCAGUUCUGAACAUGCUGAAAAUUGCAUUAAGUUGAAUUUCAUAAGAAUGCUACUCGAUACAGUAAAACAUUUCCAUUCCUACUGGCAACAUCUGUCUAACACAAAUACUUCAUGGCACUGCACUUAGAUUAGGGAAAGAAAUGUUACUCCUAGUGAAUCGUUUGUAUCCGUUUCAUGUUGGCAUUUGUAGUUUGUAUUUUGAAUCGUUAAGUGCUGUUUAUACAGUAUAAUCAAUGCUUUCCCAACUUGUUUAGUUGCCCUCCAUGACUAAAUAUUUGUGGAACAAGAUGUUUACUGUAACUAUCUUUAAAAUCGAUAAGGCAGCAUACUUUUACUUCAUCUUUUGCCAGAUAGUGAAUGCCAGGUGGUAUGGGGGUCAGAAAUCCAGCAUUCAAAAAAAAAAAAAAAGAAAAAGUAAAAAAAAAAAAAAAAGAGUAAGUGAAAAGCAGGAAAAUACAGAAAAGCACAGAAGUGUGACAGAGAGUAUGGGAGAGAUUUGGCUAUUAUAGUUUGUUAAUAUAUAAAGCAGCUAAUACUUUUACAUGAACUUUAGAAGGUAUAGUAUAGUUUUAACUGCUGAUCACUUAAGUCAGACAGG